ACAGGAGCUCAACCCCGGCAGCUGAAAGCACAGCUACCCACGGAGCUACGGUGUUUUGUGGGCAGGGGGUCGACUCGACCCGCUGGCGGUCAUUCAUCCUAUGUAAACACCACACGGACCAUCUAUGUGGAUGAGUUGUAUUUCUUCAAGCGGCUGGUUAACAAAGAGAAGUGUCAGUCUAUGAGAGCAGGUAAUUGGUGCCAUGCCAGCUGCUUCUCCCCCUCUGCUCCCCCUUGCCACCUGGUGGUGGUGUCUGGUACUGUUGCUGCCCCCACAACCCCAGGCCCUGACCCAGCUCCAGCCGGACCCUAACCCAGAGAAGGCCUCUCACGCUGGGCAGGCCUUCCCUCACCUCUCCCUGGAUGGAUCUCCCCUCAGCCACCUCCUCCUGGACUCCAGGUCUGGUCAUCUGUACGUGGGGGCGGUCAACCAUCUCUACCACCUGUCCCCUGACCUCCAGGUGCUCUCCUCCAGUCAGACUGGCCCCAAACUGGAUAGUGCCGAGUGCUUGCCCCCCAUCGUCCCCAAGGACUGCAGUACCGCACACCUGACCCCCAACGCUAAUAAGAUCCUUCUGCUAGAGGAGGGUCUGGCCUCAGCAGGGUCAGAGGUCGGGGCGAGGAGCCUGAUUGUGUGUGGAACCCUGUUCCAGGGUAUCUGUGAGAGGAGGAGUCUGGAUAAUGUGUCCGAGGUACUGUACCAAUCCUCCAAUCCGGUGGACACGCAGUACGUGGCUGCCAACGAGCCCCGCGUCUCCACCGUGGGUGUGGUCUUGAACCAAAAGGGUGUGGGGCUUAUGCUGGUGGGGCGUGGCUACACCAGUAAAGGCCCCAGCGACAUCCCACCAAUCACAACUCGCCGUUUGGCCCCCAGCUCCUCCCCCGCCCGCCAGGCCUUCUCUCAAGAUGAGGAACUUGGGAAGCUGGUUGUCGGGAGCUACUCUGAGUACAACAACUACUUCAUCUCCGCGCAUCAUCAUGGCGACCAUGUUUACUUCCUGUUCUCGCGGAGGGAUAUGUGGAACCGGAAGGAGUACCGGACCUACGUUUCUCGUCUCUGCGCCGGGGACCGGAGCUUCUACUCCUACGUGGAGGUUCCGUUAGAAUGUUCCGGGGGUUAUAACCUCGCCCAGGGGGCUACCCUCGCCAAACACCAGGGGCGACCGGCGCUGUUCGUUGCCAUGGCGGCGGGGCAGGCGUCGACGCCCACGGCGACGGAUCGCUCGGCGCUGUGCGUUUAUGGGAUGUCAGAGCUGGAUGCGUCGCUGCAGAGGGCCCAGGAGCUGUGUUAUACAGAGGGAGGAAGAGGAAGGACGGGACAGGAGGAGGCAUACAUAGAGUAUGAGGUGUCGUCCAAGUGUCUACGGCUGCCCAAGGAUUCGUUAAAGAAGUACCCGUGUGGAGGGGAACACACCCCCAGCCCCAUCGCCUCUGCUGUUCCUCUGUCAGCCACCCCCUCUCUGACCAGGGACACUCUACUCACCGCGGUCACCACCACUACCGAGGCCGGCCACACCAUCGCUCUGCUCGGGGACAAGAACGGAUGGCUGCACAAGGUAUUUCUCCAGACCGACACAACAGGGACGUUGUAUCAGAGUGUAUUGGUGGACCAGGACAGUCCAGUCAACGCUGACCUACUACUGGACCAGUCUGGACAGAAUGUCUACGUCCUCACUGACGGCAAGGUGUCCAAGGUGUCUAUAUCUCAGUGUGAACAGCAGCCUGACUGCCAGUCCUGUCUGUCUAUCAGAGACCCUCACUGUGGCUGGUGUGUCCUGGAGGGAAGAUGUAGUCGUCGAAUGGAGUGUAGUCGUGAGGGCCAAGCCAACCACUGGCUGUGGAGCUACCAGCCUGCCAACCAGUGUGUGACUGUCCAGAGCUUGGAUCCUGCCAUCCAAAGCAGAGAGGAGGAGACUCAGGUUUCUCUUAUUGUGGCCCUGCUGCCCACCCUGUCAGAGGAGGAGGAGUCUCUGUCCUGCUCCUUUGGAACCCUCGCCCCUCAACCAGCUGUUGUUACGGGAACCACCAUAACCUGUCAAUCACCCCUGCCUGAGCUCCUCCCACCCAGCCCACCAGGAAGUGACCACGUGUCCCUGCGUGUGUCUGUGAUGUUCAGAGACGUGGCCAUCUCUAGCAGUGAUCUCAUCUUCUACGACUGUCGAGCUGUGGGGCGACUCAACACCACCUCCCCGUGUAUGGCGUGUGUGGGCAGUGUGUGGCCAUGCAACUGGUGUGUCCUGGGUGGGCUGUGUACCCACAACAUCAGCAGCUGUCCCAGGCAGCACACCAUAUACAACUCACUGGAGCAGCAGUUGGAGCCGCGGGGUGCAGACUCGUGUCCCUUUGUGUGGGCUCUACAGAGUUCUCCUCUGGUCCCCAUGGGCUUCCUGUCCCCUCUGACCCUACUGGGCAGGAACCUGGACGGGUUUCAGGGUGAGGAACAGUAUACCUGUGUGGUGGUCAUUGUGGGGGAGGAGCUUAAACUGAAUGCCAUUCUGAAGGAAGACCCGGAAACCAAGGUCACCACCUUUACAUGCUCUGUCCACCAGUUCCAGUACCCUUUGAAACAUUUGGAGUACUCUGCUCCCAUCUAUCUGCGUAGAGGUUUCCAUCGCAUCGACUCUGCUCCCGACCUCAGACUGCAGCUAUAUGACUGUUCAGUGGGCCAGUCUGACUGUAGCCAGUGCAGAGCGGUGUCUUCGGGGUACGGCUGUGUCUGGUGUGGUGGAGAGACACCAGGCUGUGUCUACAAUCUCUCCUGUACCAGCUCACCUGGGCCCGCUGACACCUGUCCCUCACCUCAGAUCACACAGAUCCAGCCAGUGACUGGUCCGGUGGAGGGAGGUGUUCUGAUCACCAUCCGUGGGUCCAACCUGGGGAUGCAGUACCAGGACAUCCAGGGAGGAGUGACUGUAGCUGGGGUCAGCUGCCUGCCUCAGUCCCAUGGAUACCUCAUCUCUACCAGGAUAGUGUGUGAGCUCCAGCCCAGUAAACAGGAGACGGAGGGACCAGUCAUUGUUUCUGUGAGAGACUCAGAACCAGGACAGUCUCUGCAGACAUUCACCUACCAGGACCCCCAGUUGACCGGUAUAGUACCUGAUAAGGGCCCUGUUUCAGGAGGGACCAGCCUGACAGUCCAGGGGACUCGGCUCCUAACGGGACAGAGGAGGGACCUGACUGUAUACGUAGGACAACAACCCUGCUACAUUGUUGAGGAGGUGAAUGGGACUCACCUGGUAUGCAGGACCAGCCCCAGUAACCAGACAGCAGAGCUGACAGUGAGGGUGUUGUUUGGGAAGGCAGAGAGGAGCGUACCUGGGCAGGUGUUUCACUACAUGGAGGACCCUGUCGUCACCGCAGCAUGGCCUGCUGAGAGCUUCUACGAGGGUGGGCGUAGUAUAAAGGUGAGUGGGCGUAGCCUGUACGUGGUCCAGCAGCCAAUGCUAACUGUGUGGGUGGAGCCUAAAGAGAACACGCUGGUGAGGAGGAGGAGGAACAACCAACUGGUCUUCAACAGCACCGUUUCUAAGGAGCGUUGUACGGUGGUCUCUUCGUCUGAGAUGAACUGUUUAACCCCGCGUGUGACCCCUGACACUAAGGUCAUGGGGGUGUGGUUUGAGCUGGACAACGUUAAGGUGUCGUUUGAGAGCGUCGCGGGGAAGACGUUCUCUUACUACCCCAACCCCGAGCUGUUGGCUCUGAACAGAGAUGACCCAGACACACCCUACCGCUUCAAACCUGGAGGGGUCAUCGCUGUGGAGGGUAAGGACCUGACGCGUGCGAUGACCCGAGGGGAGGUGGUAGCCAGGCUAGGGGACCAGGAGUGUGAGGUCAAGACUCUGGACAAUACUCACCUGUACUGUGAACCCCCUGAGAAACAGCCAGCCAGUCUGGGGAGCAACCAACUGCCCAGCCUCAGGGUGGUAAUGGGGAAGCUAAACGUAGACCUGGGUACAGUGCAGUAUGAUACAGAAGGCCUCUCACCUGUCCCUCUGGCUGCCCAGGUGGGUCUGGCUGCAGGGGCUGCUGUGGUGGUCCUAGUGGUGCUGGUCAUCAUCCUCAUGUACAGGAGGAAGAGCAAGCAGGCUCUGAGAGACUACAAGAAGGUUCUGGUUCAGCUGGAGACUCUGGAGAUCAAUGUGGGAGACCAGUGCAGGAAGGAGUUCACAGAUCUGAUGACAGAGAUGAUGGAUCUGAGUAGUGAUGUGGGUGGACCAGGUAUUCCUCUCCUGGACUAUAAGACGUAUGCAGAGCGCGUGUUCUUCCCCGGCCAGAGGGGGGCGCCCCUGAGUCAGAACCUGAACCUGCCAGAGUCCCGCAGGCAGACAGUAGAACAAGGGCUGGGACAACUCAACAGUCUCCUCAACAACAAACUGUUCCUUAUCAGGUUCAUCCACACCCUAGAGGCCCAGCCGAACUUCUCCCAGCGUGACCGUGGCUACGUGGCGUCUCUGCUGACCAUGGCCCUGCACGACCAACUGGAGUACUUCACUGAUGUCAUGAAGACCUUACUGGGAGACCUGGUGCAGCAAUAUGUCACCAAGAACCCCAAACUCAUGCUGCGCAGGACAGAGACGGUGGUGGAGAAGAUGCUCACCAACUGGAUGUCCAUCUGUCUCUACUCCUUUCUCAAGGAGGUGGCUGGGGAGCCCCUGUAUAUGCUGUACAGAGCCAUCAAGUACCAGGUGGAUAAGGGACCAGUAGACGCUGUGACGGGGAAGGCCAAGCGCACCCUGAACGACAGCCAUCUCCUGAGAGAGGACAUCGAUUACUGCUCUGUCACUCUGGUGGUGAAGAGUGGUGUGGAGGUGCAGCCGUGUCCCGUCAAGGUGUUGGACACCGACACCAUCACACAGGUCAAAGACAAGAUCCUAGACCAGAUCUAUAAAGGAGCUCCCUUCUCACAGAGACCUGCUGCAGACUCACUAGACCUGGAAUGGAGAUCGGGGCAGGCGGGUCACCUGACUCUGUCAGACGAUGACGUCACAGCAGUCGUCCAGGGGCGCUGGAAGAAACUCAACACUCUGCAGCACUACAAGGUACCACACAAUACGACAGUGGCUCUGAUCCCCAGAUCAGCUGUUAUACUAAUGGGGAUACCCCAGGUCUACCAGACUGGAGAGAAGAUGCCCAUGUUGGAGGGGGAGGAGGGGCUGAGGCUGUGGCACCUGGUGAAGUCCAACGAGGAACCAGAGAUCCCCAAACACAGCAGCAUGAGAGAGAGGGAGAGGGCCAAGGCCAUACCAGAGAUAUACCUGACACGACUACUGUCUAUGAAGGGGACGCUGCAGAAGUUUGUAGACGAUGUGUUCAUAGCCAUCCUCAACACCAAGCGUCCUCCCCCCAUCGCUGUGCGCUUCUUCUUUGACUUCCUGGAUGACGUGGCGGAGAAACAUGGCAUCGACGACCCCGAGACCGUGCACAUCUGGAAGACCAACAGCCUGCCUCUGAGGUUCUGGGUGAACAUCUUGAAGAACCCUCAGUUUGUGUUUGACGUUCAGGUGACGGAUAGCGUGGACGCCGUCCUCUCGGUCAUCGCUCAGACGUUCAUCGACUCCUGCACCACCUCCGAACACAAAGUCGGACGGGACUCUCCGGUGAACAAGCUGCUCUACGCCAGAGAGAUCCCCAGGUACAAGCAGCUGGUUGAGAGGUACUACAGUGACAUCCACAGUGCAGCAUCUGGCUGUUACCAAGAAAUGAACUCUACUCUAACAGAGUUGUCUGGGAGUUUUGCCUCAGAGAUGAACAGUCUCGUGGCUCUGCACGAGCUGUACAAGUACAUCAACAAGUACUAUGACCAGAUCAUCAUGUCUCUGGAGGAGGACGCAGCUGGACAGAAGAUGCAGCUGGCCUAUCGUCUACAGCAGGUCGCCGCCCUGGUGGAGAACAAGGUCACUGACCUUUAACCCCUGAUCUCUGACCUGUGGCCUAGAGCAGGUCGCCUCCCUGGUGGGAGAACAAGGUCGCUGACCUUUGACCCUUGAUCUCUGACUCCUGACCUGUGGCCGACAGCAGGUCACCGCCCUGAGGGAGAAUAAGGUCACUGACCUCUAACUAGGGACGGAAUGUGAAAAGGGCCCUGUCAGUCAAAACCCACACAGCGCUAUGAAGCGGAGCGCCUUACCGUACAGAUACUGCGUUCCAAUUCAGGGCGUUUAUCAGUAUCCAAAUCUGCCAUUUCAACCCGUAUACAGGAACGAGGGUGAAGGGUUAACAUAACAAAAGCUGUGCCAAAUAAUGCAUCUUACAACAGGCUCAUGUGUAAAACAGACCUUGGUCUCAGUAGGACUUCCGGAUCUAAUAAAGGAUAAAUCAAUAAAACAGGCAGCAGACAUCAUAGCAAUAAGUCUCACAGGGAUGUACUAGGGAAUAUAAAGGACAAGAAGGCUGGAAUAGUUUAAACCUGCAACACCAAGUCUGACCAGAAGAGGGGGCUGUGGUGGAGUUGAGCAGAUUUGAGGCAUUUUAAAAAACAGCUGUGUUGAGCAGGUUGUUACAUUGAACAUACACACUGUAUAGAAACUCAUUUAUUCUCUGUAAAUAGUGCCCUAUUUAUAUUACAUCCCCAAUCCCAUACCAACCAAAGCUGCCUUUUUUCAACUUUUGAAACAACUUAGUGUAUAAUAUUUUUGAAGUCAAACAACUGGCGAACCUGUUUUGAAUUUGUAAAGACAACAGGGAAAAGCUGGAGAUUCUCUUCUGAUGAUCUGAGGUGAUUGUCUUCUCUCACGUCUGACUGACAGAACCUGUUACAGGUGGUGACCCCUGACCUAUCCUGUUACAGGUGGUGACCCCUGACCUAUCCUGUUACACGUGGUGACCCCUGACCUAUCCUGUUACACGUGGUGACCCCUGACCUAUCCUGUUACAGGUGGUGACCCCUGACCUAUCCUGUUACAGGUGGUGACCCCUGACCUAUCCUGUUACAGGUGGUGACCCCUGACCUAUCCUGUUACAGGUGGUGACCCCUGACCUAUCCUGUUACAGGUGGUGACCCCUGACCUAUCCUGUUACAGGUGGUGACCCCUGACCUAUCCUGUUACAGGUGGUGACCCCUGACCUAUCCUGUUACAGGUGGUGACCCCUGACCUAUCCUGUUACACGUGGUGACCCCUGACCUAUCCUGUUACAGGUGGUGACCCCUGACCUAUCCUGUUACACGUGGUGACCCCUGACCUAUCCUGUUACACGUGGUGACCCCUGACCUAUCCUGUUACAGGUGGUGACCCCUGACCUAUCCUGUUACACGUGGUGACCCCUGACCUAUCCAGUUACACGUGGUGACCCCUGACCUAUCCAGUUACACGUGGUGACCCCUGACCUAUCCUGUUACCUGUUCGGUGUGCUCUGACUCCACAGACUCAGUAUCGAUAUAUUUACCUAACGCUCUCUCGUUACUAGUCUAACCCUGAACUGUGGUUCCUCUCUUUGGCUCUGUCUGAAAUAGCCCUCUCUUCCCUAUAUUUGUUUUAUUUAAUUAGGCAAGUCAGUUAAUUAAGACAUUCUUCUUUACAACGACGGCCUUAUCCCGGACAAACCCGAACGACGCUGGGACAAUUGUGCGCUGCCCUAUGGGAUACAGCCUGGAUUCGAACCAGGGACUGGAGUGACGCCUCUUGUACUGAGAUGUAGUGCACUAUUUUAGACCAGAGCCCUAUGGAACCCUAUUCCCUAUAUAGUGCACUACUUUAGACCAGAGCCCUAUGGAACCCUCUUUCCUAUGGACCCUGGUCUAUAGUAGUGCCCUAUAUAGGGUGCCAUUUUAGGUUGCACACUUUGACCCAUCUCCUGGUUAGUGGACAUACAGAUCUGUUAUGUAUUAAUCUGUCUUGGGUUAUAGAUCCUUUAUGUAUUAAUCUGUCUUGGUUAGAGGUUCUUUAUGUAUUAAUCUGUCUUGGGUUAGAGGUUCUUUAUGUAUUAAUCUGUGUAUUAAUCUGUCUUGGGUUAGAGAUUCUUUGUAUUAAUCUGUCUUGGUUAGAGAUUCUUUAAGUAUUAAUCGGUCUUGGGUUAGAGGUUCUUUAUGUAUUAAUCUAUGUAUUAAUCUGUCUUGGGUUAGAGACCCUUUAUUUAUUAAUCUGUCUUGGGUUAGAGGUUCUUUAUGUAUUAAUCGGUCUUGGGUUAGAGGUUCUUUAUGUAUUAAUCUGUCUUGGUUAGAGAUUCUUUAUGUAUUAAUCUGUCUUGGUUAUAGAUUCUUUAAGUAUUAAUCUGUCUUGGGUUAGAGGUUCUUUAUGUAUUAAUCUAUGUAUUAAUCUGUCUUGGUUAGAGACCCUUUAUUUAUUAAUCUGUCUUGGGUUAGAGAUUCUUUGUAUUAAUCUGUCUUGGUUAGAGAUUCUUUAAGUAUUAAUCUGUCUUGGGUUAGAGGUUCUUUGUAUUAAUCUGUCUUGGUUAUAGAUUCUUUGUAUUAAUCUGUCUUGGUUAGAGAUUCUUUAAGUAUUAAUCUGUCUUGGUUAGAGGUUCUUUAUGUAUUAAUCUGUCUUGGGUUAGAGAUUCUUUAUGUAUUAAUCUGUCUUGGUUAGAGGUUCUUUAUGUAUUAAUCUGUCUUGGAUUAGAGGUUCUUUAUGUAUUAAUCUGUGUAUUAAUCUGUCUUGGGUUAGAGAUUCUUUGUAUUAAUCUGUCUUGGUUAGAGAUUCUUUAAGUAUUAAUCGGUCUUGGGUUAGAGGUUCUUUAUGUAUUAAUCUGUCUUGGGUUAGAGGUUCUUUAUGUAUUAAUCUAUGUAUUAAUCUGUCUUGGGUUAGAGAUUCUUUAAGUAUUAAUCUGUCUUGGUUAGAGAUUCUUUGUAUUAAUCUGUCUUGGGUUAGAGGUUCUUUAAGUAUUAAUCUGUCUUGGUUAGAGAUUCUUUAUGUAUUAAUCUGUCUUGGGUUAGAGGUUCGUUAUUUAUUAAUCUGUCUUGGGUUUGUACAGUUAUAUUGCUGAAUGGUAAUCUUAAUAACUUUUCCCUCCAAACACUUUGUUCUCUAUGUUUGGAGCUCCUGGUCAUGAAUAUGUAUGGUUUGAUUUAUUGACAGUGGGCUGCCUCCCAAAUCACACCCAAUGCCCUUUACAGUGAACUGCGUUUAACCAGACUAGUGCACUAUAUAGGGAAUAGGGUGCCGUUUUAGGGACGCAGGCCGGUGUGAUUUUAAAGGAUGUUUUUUUGCCUGGGCUGUGUUGUACACUGUUUUGAUUUGAGCGGUUUAAAGGUUUAAGUCAAUUCCUUCCUAGUCAUUUCUUGAAACCUGUUUGUGUUCCAGGCCGACUACGCUACAGAUGCAUUGCAUCCACCCAUUGUUCUGCACCACGUCAUUGAGUGGUACAAUCGGGCAUCGGAUUGCUAUAUAAUAGGAUGUGGUUAGGUGUUUAACAUGACAGCUAUCUAGUCAUCCUGGAACGUGUCCGUUGUGUUACUUCCUGUUACUAGUGAGUGUUAUGUUGCAUGUUCUUUUCUGAACCGGUGUCUGUAGUUGUAGGACUGUAGUUUUAACUGAACCGGUGUCUGUAGUUGUAGUUUAGUGAUUCUCUGCAUGCAUGUGUUUUAUUAAUCGUCUACAAUCAGAGCAGCAACGUGCUAAGGGAACCCUAUCUCCUACAUAGUGCACCCCUUUAGACCAGAGCCCUCUGGGCUUCCCCACCUGGGCUUCCCAAUUUUCCCUGGUCUAAAGUAGUGCAGUAUGAAGGGAAUAGGGAAUGUGAUGUUAACUGUUGUGUUUUUCUACUGGCUGUACAAUUUUAUAUUCUUUCCCAUUCUGGGUCGUCAACAACACAGAGGUCUGGAACUAUUUUAAUGAAGAGGUCUCUAUCAGAGAUACUAUGUUGGAUCCCCUAUGCCAUCCUAUUCCCUAUAUAGUACACUACUUUUGGCCCAGUCAGGCUAAGGACAAUAAUCCAACUCAAAUGUGACGCUAAACAGUGGUUAGUAAUGACAUUGGGGAGUUGAGAGAGAGCUGGAGAUCAGCCUCAUGUCUGUCACUCUGGCGUGUGUCUGGUGUGACGCCAGAAGUGUCUAGUGUGACGCCAGAAGUGUCUAGUGUGACGCCAGAAGUGUCUGGUGUGACGCCAGAAGUGUCUGGUGUGACGCCAGAAGUGUCUAGUGUGACGCCAGAAGUGUCUGGUGUGACGCCAGAAGUGUCUGGCGUGACGGCGAGACGCCAGAAGUGUCUAGUGUGACGCCAGAAGUGUCUAGUGUGACGCCAGAAGUGUCUGGUGUGACGCCAGAAGUGUCUGGUGUGACGCCAGAAGUGUCUAGUGUGACGCCAGAAGUGUCUGGUGUGACGCCAGAAGUGUCUGGUGUGACGCCAGAAGUGUCUGGCGUGACGCCAGAAGUGUCUGGUGUGACGCCAGAAGUGUCUGUAAAUACAUUGUGAAGAGAUUUGUUUUUAUGGGGAAUAAUAAAGUUUUAAUUGUAACAGGA